AUGACUACAAACAGUGAAUACCGUGUCUACACUGCUCAAUCCCGCCCAGAUCUUUGGCCCGACUGGAACGACAGAAGCCACCCGUUCUGCACCAUUUGGGCGAAUUUUCUGAGAGGAGACCUCACAGAUGACUUCUACCUCUCCAAGACCCGCAACCACGAAGAGCUAAGAAAGUUCCAAUUCUUCAUCGUCCGGCAAAGCCCCGCAGAGCCCGAAACCCUCGUUGCAUUCGCACAGUCCAUUCCCUUCUUCUGGCCCGAGCUAGAAGCCAUCGGCGGACGCACCGGCCUAUCCUCCGACCCUGAAUUUCUGCAAUCCCUACCAGAUGGAGGGUACGAUACGAUCUUGUCCCGGGGAGUAGAGCAGUGUCUUGUCCGACAGGGCCUCCCUCCACUUGCGGCACCCUUCACAGAUGACCAGGCUCGAGACUCCACCAGGAAAUGCAAUAAUCGUCCCAAUGCGCUGUCCGCUCUGUCUAUUGCUGUGCUGCCCGAGUGGCGGUCAAAGGGCCUCGCGGAGAUGAUGCUCGGUUGUAUGAAGGAAGCUGCUCGCGAGACGGGGCUCGAGGUUCUAGUCGUGCCACUCCGUCCCACCCGCAAGGCAGACUUUCCGACUGUGGAUAUCGCGGAUUAUUUAUCUUGGACGAAGGGAUUCGGCCCCACGAUGGGCCCUGUGGGAACUGUUCUUUCGGGCGAUGGCGGGCGCAUUGUGAACGGAAAGCCGUGCUUACCUUUUGAUCCUUGGCUGCGGAAACAUGUUUCCCUCGGAGGUAAGGUUGUCAAAGUCGCACGGAAGUCGAUAGGGCUCUGGGAAGGUUAA